AUGUCAAUGAAGAGUAUCUCAUUUCUUGCAAGUUUGUCUCUCUUGGCUUUAACAUUUCAAUUCGCCAUUGCUGCUGAUCCAAGCCAAGUUCAAGAUUUCUGCGUGGCAACAAACUCCCCAGUAAAUGGUGUUUCUGUCAACGGAAAGUUUUGCAAGGACCCAGCGCUUGCCACAGCGGAUGACUUCUAUUUAUCAGGGCUUAAUGUGCGAAAAUCCACAAAUAAUCAAAUUGGUUCCAAUGUGACAUUUGGCGGUGUUGAUAACGUUCCAGGGUUAAACACCCUCGGAAUAUCGUUUGCACGAGCAGAUAUUGGAGUGAACGGUCAGGUCCAACCUCACUACCAUCCACGUGCCAGCGAGAUCGUGGGUAUCACAGAAGGAACAGUUUUGGUAGGUUUUGUCGCGUCCGACCAACGCCUCAUCACCAAAACGCUAAACGUGGGUGAUGUAUUCGUGUUCCCACAAGGACUCAUCCAUUUCGCAGCCAACGUGGGACAAGUCCCAGCAGUUUUAUUCGCUACUUUGAACAGUCAAAACCCUGGUACUAUCUUUGUUGCUGAAAACGUGUUUGGAUCUAACCCGCCGAUAACCCCGGCUCUCCUUGCAAAGGCCUUUCAGCUGAACGUCACGACGAUCAUGGAGCUACAGGCCAAAUUCUGA